CAAACCAGCCGGACCAGCUCUCCUGCUCCGCCCCGCAGCCCCCUCUCAGCAGCCAAGGCCCAGUCUGGGGCGCUUAGGCUCACACCUCGAGAGGGCUAGUGGGCUGAGAUGGCUCUGCAGACCCCGGUGUUGUCCCCGGCCACACCCGCGGUCAUGGCGGAGAGCGCCCUCUAUCGGCAGCGGCUGGAGGUCAUCGCUGAGAAGCGGCGGCUGCAGGAGGAGAUCGGCGCCGCCCGUCGCGAGCUGGAGGAGGAGAAACUCCGCGUGGAGCGGCUCAAGAGGAAAUCCCUCCGCGAACGUUGGCUCAUGGAUGGAGCGGCUGAAGGGCCAGAGCGGCCGGAGGACCCCGCCUCCAAGGACCCACAGUCGCCCGAGGGACAGGCCCAGGCUCGAAUUCGCAACCUGGAAGACAGCUUGUUUUCACUCCAGUCACAGCUGCAGCUGUUGCAAAGUGCGUCCACAGGUGCCCAACACAGACCUGCUGGCAGGCCUGCCUGGCGAAGGGAGGGUCCCCGUCCUCUCUCUCAGCCCAGCAUGGAGGCAGGCCCUGCAGGCCUCAUGGAUGCAGACAAGAGAACUUCCCUGCCAGCUGGUCCAGUGGGCAUGUCCCCUGAGUCCCCCUCUGAUCCCAGGGAGGAGUCUAUUGGGGUUCUGCCAGCCUUGAGGCCAUCCCCUGAGGCCAUAGGAGACUCUUCAGAAGCCAACGGCCCUUGCUCUGGCCACAGCCCCGUUCCUGAGCAGCUGAGCCCAGGGGCGUCGAGUGUCACUAAGGCCAAAGGAGAUGGUGUGGUGGAGGUGGUUUGGGCUGGGCUUAGAGCCACCGAGAACAGUGCCACAGGCCCCACGGAUGUGGAGCUGGAGGCUAAGGUGGAAGAAGUGGUGCUGGAGGCCAUUGGGGCUAGGCAGGACUCCAGCAGCCCUGAGCUCCCCGCUUGGGUGAAGGAGGGCAGGGGUGUGGUAGAGGUGGUCUGGGAGGGCCUGGGAGGCAGUGAUCCGGAUAUUACAGGGGAGUCAGGCAGGGGUCCAGAGGCCACACACAGCAGGUCUCCAAAGCUCCAGGAACAAUCUGAGGCUGAAAUGUCCAGAAAAGAGGAAGAUGCUUCCAGAGAUAGUCCUGAGGGUGUUGGUCAGGGGGGCCCUGGAGGAGAGGAAGGGUCCUUCAUUUGGGUGGAGAGAGUGGCCCUCAGUGAAGACUGGGAGGAACUCUUGAUGGAGGGCUUAGAAGCACCCCCAGGGGUGGAGUGUGCAGGAGGACCUGCGGCUCUGAUGGGAGCACAGCCCAGAGAGGGUGGAGCAUCCUGGGAGGUGGAGAGAAGAGAAGUGGAAAAAUCAGAGGACAUAGAAGAGAGGGGAAAGGUGGAAAAGCUAAGAGCAGAGAAGGACGGGGCAGAAACCCCAGGAAGAGAGGAAAGCCAGGCAGAAAAGGAAGAGAGAAAAGACGGUGGGGACCUCCUUCCCGCAGAGGUAGCGACAGAUGAGGAAAAGUGGGAGGUGAAAAGGAAGGAAGAGGAAGAGCCGCUGGAAGUAGAAAAGGGAAGUGAGGAAGAGCCAGCCACCACAGAGAAGGCCUUGGUAGUAGAAAAAAAAGCAGAGGGCUCACCAGAGCCAGAGAGAAAAAGGAGUGAGAAGCCAUUGGACCAGGAGAGAGAUGGUGAGAGCCCAUUAGACAGAGAGCCAAAAACAACUGAGAUACUAUUGGAUGGAGAGACAGAAGGUGAGAGCUCAUUGGAUGAAGAAACUAAAGGAAGUAAACUAUUGGACGAGAGGACAGGAGGUGAGGACUCAUUGGAUGAAGAAACUAAAGGACCUAAGAAACUAUUGGAUGAGGGGACAGGAGGUGAGGGCUCAUUGGACGAAGAAACUAAAGGAAGUAAGAAACUAUUGGACGAGGGGACAGGAGGUGAGGGCUCAUUGGACGAAGAAACUAAAGGAAGUAAACUAUUGGAUAGGGAGGCAGAGGGUACUGAGCCAUCAUCAGAGGCGGAGAAAACCUCAGGCUCCAAGGAGGAGGCGAGUCCAGAAGAGCAAGGCAAAUCCAGCAAGGGGGCAGAACUUCCGGUGGAGGAUUCCAGCCAGCCAGGAGCUGCUCUUCGGGUCCAGGAGGAGCCCACAACAGAGGAGCAAGGACUGCAAGGCCCGGAGGAGCAAGAAGGACCGGCGGAAGAGGCAGCCAGGAAACCUCAGCCCACUGCUGAGAGUGAGGAACCUCCAGGGGAUGCCACGCCUCUCCUGGCAGAGACCCCAGGCCCGGAGCAGCCUGCGGAGGGCCAGCCACUGCUCCGUGAGGAGGUGUCCGGCACCAACCUUGGUGACCACCCUGCACCGACCUAUGCACCUGCCAGGCAGCUUGAGCUAGCUGAGGCCAAAGAAGGCGGUGGCCCUAAACAAAAGACGUGCCAGUGUUGUGUGGUCAUGUGAGCCUACGCCUGCCGCCCAGCACCCUACUCCUCUCUUACAGCUACCUCGCUGCCUGGCAUCGAGCAGAAGGUCCCAGGCACAGACAGGGUACCAUAGGACUGGUGGUUGCACCCAGGAGCUGCUAGGCCCCUGUGUUUUCUUUCACCUGGGCUUUUAGAAUCCCUGCCCACUGCCUGUGGCCCUGAAUAUCCCUUCUGCAAUGAAGCCUUUAUACUUGAAAAUUAAAUGUUAAGGCGCU